UUUAGGAAGUGCUUUUCAUGGCUCGUCGUGGUUGAAUUGUUUCCUUGUAAGGAGCUGAGCGGGAUUGGAUUCUGCACAAUCGAAACUAAACAAUCGCAUGAAGGGGACCGACACUCAAGGUCUGCCUAUAUAAGUCUUUACGAUCAACCCUCAGCACAAGAAGUAAUUGAACACCAACCAGAUCUCACCAUGUCAGACACGGUCCCCCUGGAACAGAGGUACAAGGCCAGCAUGGUCCUGAGUGGAGCAGGAGAUGCCCUGGGCUACAACCAUGGUCACUGGGAAUUUGAAAAUGAUGGAGUGUUCAUACAUGAGGAAGUUCAGAAGAGAGGAGGUCUAGGGAAGCUGGAUGCCAUAGACUUCCCUGUUAGUGAUGACACCGUCAUGCACCUGGCUACAGCUGAGGCUCUGGUCAAGGUAGGGAAGGGGAAAGGGGCGUCCCUCCCUGUGCUGUAUCGAGCCCUGGUGGAGAAGUACAUUGUAAGCAUGACAGACAUGAAUGGAAGAGGAGCAGGCCUCACCUGCAUGAGCAGCGUUGCAAAGCACAGACAGAGAACUGACGAGGACAUUAAGAUUCCCUUUGACAAGAGGGGCGGAGGGUGUGGGGCAGCCAUGAGGGCCAUGUGUAUCGGCCUGCGCUUCCCCGACCCUGAGCAGGAGCACCUGCUGAUAGCAGUAAGUGUGGAGAGUGGGCGUCUGACCCACCACCACCCCACAGGCUACCUGGGAGCCCUGGCUGCAGCCCUGUUCACGGCCUACGCAGUGAGGGGCACCCUGCCCGUGGAGGCCUGGGGACACAGACUCCUGGAGGUCCUGGACAAAGCCAAGGAGUACGUCAGGCAUUCGGGCAAUUGUGUGGAGCUGAACAUGGAGCACUGGGACUACUUUGGAAUUCAGUGGAAAUCCUAUUUAGAAAAGAGAGGCAUUCUGGAUGGGAAGAGCAAACCUCAGUUUCCAGAGUCCUACGGAGUGAAGGAGAGGGAGAGUUUCUAUAGGGCGGUGAGCUUCAAGGGUUGUGGUGGCGCCAGUGGGCAUGAUGCUCCCAUGAUAGCUUACGAUGCCCUUCUGAAAGCAGGCGACUCCUGGGUUGAGCUGGCCAAUCAUGGCUUCUUCCAUGGUGGGGACAGCGACUCCACGGCCGUGAUCGCUGCUGCCUGGUGGGGCGCACUGUUCGGGUUCAGAGGGGUGCCAGAGAUCAACUACCAGAGGCUUGAGUACCGUGACAGGCUAUCCAAACUAGGGCAACGACUAUACGAGCUCAGGGGAAAAUCUCUUGGAACUGAGAAAGAGUGAUGUAAAUUAAUCCAAUAGAUGGUUAAAGGUGAAAUUCAUUACAUAUCCUGCAGAUGAUCAGUCAUUUCUACUUUUUUGACACUAAUUUUGCAUCCUUUGGUUUUUUUAUUACAUAUUUUUUAAGAAUAUGACUGGAUCUGGAAAGAUUUAUAGAGGACUUGUGAUCUCAAACUGCAGUCUACCUACUGACGAGGAGAUGGAGCCAGAAUGUUCUGUAUAAUAACAAACCUUUUCUGUAAUGGCAACAUUUAUUUAUUUCCAGCCUAUAAUCAAGUCUUCACUAACAUACAUUGAUGCUGCAGUUGUGCUAUUAUUGUACCAUUUUAGCUAUGGCAGAGUGUAAAAACGGAUUGUUUUACUUCUGAUUAGACUGAUGUUAAAGGAAGACUAAAUGAAGUCUACAAGUACAGUGGUGACCAGAGGGUGGCAGUGUAACUUAACAAAUCACUCUUAACUCUUUCCUGUCUCGCUCUCUCAAUUAAUUCAAUUUCAAUUUAAGGUCUUUAUUGGCAUGGAAAACAAAAGCAAGUGAAAUAGAUAAUUAACAAAAGUGAAAUAAUAACAAAUUAACAGUAAACAUUACAGAUGUUCCAAAAGAAUAAAGACAUUGUAACGAUGUACAAAAGGGAAAAUAAAUUAACACGGGUUGUAUUUA